UUCAACUCAAUUAUCCGAUUCUCUAUAGUACCUACUUUGUGUUACUCUCCACUCUCUCUCUGACUCUCCCUCUUCCUUCGGGAAUGCUUUGAUCGCCUCACCGAUUCGGUUCUUCAAUUAUUCUUUGCUUGUUCAUAUUUUUUUUCUUCCAUAGAAACCGAUUCUCGCCGAUCACGGAUCUUCCCUGAUUUUCAAGUCAUUCUUUGUGAAUUUGGCCCUUGGAAUUUGGUGGUGGUUGGUUUUAGGGUUUUUGAUCUGUCUGUGUGGGAUGAGGAUCGAGGAAUUGGACGAUGUGGAUUCGGAUGGCUGUCGGAGCCAAGGGAAUUACGAGAGGCAGAUCGUGAGGGUUGACGCAAAGAGAGCAUUAGUUGGAGCAGGUGCCCGGAUCUUGUUUUACCCGACACUUUUGUAUAAUGUGCUUCGAAACAAGAUUGAAGCUGAGUUCCGCUGGUGGGAUGAAGUCGAUGAGUUUUUAUUAUUGGGAGCUGUUCCGUUCCCCAAAGACGUUCCACGCUUGAAGAAGCUUGGUGUGGGUGGUGUAAUUACUCUAAACGAACCUUAUGAAACCUUGGUGCCGUCAUCAUUAUAUCUUGCACAUGGGAUCGAUCAUCUGAUUAUCCCUACAAGGGAUUAUCUCUUUGCCCCUUCAUUUAUUGAUAUAAGCCGAGCUGUGCAAUUCAUUCAUCAGAAUGCAACAUGUGGAAAGACUACUUAUGUUCACUGUAAAGCUGGGCGGGGCAGGAGUACAACAAUUGUCCUUUGCUAUUUGGUUGAAUACAAGCAUAUGACACCUCUUGCUGCCCUGGAAUAUGUACGAUCAAGACGACCCAGAGUUCUAUUAGCACCCUCACAGUGGAAGGCAGUUCAGAAUUAUAGCAAGCGCAGACCUUGCCCUAGGCCACACUCUCCCCUAGGUGAUGCAGUUCUUAUAACCAAAGCUGAUCUUGAGGGUUACCAUCACACAGUCGAUGCUGGUAUGGAGCUUGCCCUUGUUCCCAAAGUGCCAAAGACAAAGUCAAAACCCAUGAUAUCGAAGCUAUCUUGCCUGUUCGCGUCAUUAAAAGUUUCUGGUUACAGCAUACCAGUGACUCGGCGGCUGCCUUUGUCGGAGGCACGUGCUUGCUAAGCUUGCUUGUCAUGAAUAUAUAUACAGAACGUGGCCUGUGCAGAAGAUGAUCAUGGAAAUAAGUGGUGUUUGUUCACACCCACCUCCCUGAGUCGGUACACAACUGUUACGUGAAAAGAGGACGUAUAGGAAGAGUCUGGUGAAACAACUUUUGCAGCUCUGCUUGUAUAUAGAUCAUUAGUCACUUUUUGUCAAAUGUUAUUCCGUUUUAUUCAGCGAAUGUAUCUGCUACAUGCUUGUUAAUCCAAGUGAAAUCCUUAUGACAUUGGCACUGGCCUUGAAGGGGAUAUCCCCUUCAUCAGCAAUUCAGCACCCAUAUAGUGACAGCAGACUUAAGAUUGAAGUUAUGAAGAGUAGACAGGAAACUGCACAAUAGGAUCAGAACUCUAGCUGGAAACCACCCGAAGCGGUAAGGUUACAUCUUGAUAUGGAUGGCUUUGAGGACUCAAAAGGUGAAGCUACUCUGGCAUGUUUCAAGAUGAGAAUGGAAGGUGGAUAGGUGGUUUCAUGAAGAGAUUUAAUCGUACUUGACUAAAUUGUCAAGGUGUCAAUUAUGAGCACAUCUUUAGACAAGAUAAUAGUUGUGUUGAUUGGUUGGUGCAGCGAGCUCUUGUUAUACUGCUUUCUGAGCUACCUUUAGAGUGUGAGAAUAUCUUGUGCAUCGAUGUGCAUCGACCCCAAGCAGCUCCUACAACCUGAUCUUCUUAUAGUGUUUAGUUUUGACUGUCUUGUUAAUUGUAUCCAGAGAGAGAAAAAAAAUACGGGAAUGUAUUUGCUGAUACAAAACUAUGGAUUCCAAUUUUUAGGCCUUCGAAAACUGUGCAAGUUGCAAAAAAUGUAGCAGAUACUGCUGUUGUAGCUUCUGAAUGUACUUUGUCCGUUAUAUACCUUACAUUGUAAAUUUGUAAUACUUUUUUGUAAGAUUAUUUAGUAGAGUUAUAAUCGAUUAUUGUCA